CAGAGAGCGGGUCUCCGAGUCGGAGAGAGAAGGACCUCGCUGGAGUAAGAGGAGGAAAAGGGCGCUUCGUUUUGGGUGGAGAUGGGGGUCCUCCUCCGCUGGCCCCCCCUGAUCCUGGGGGCGGCUGCCCACCUGCUGCUGCUCCUGGACUGCGCAGGCUCCACUUCUCACUCCCUGCGCUACUUUGCCACAGCCGUGUCUGAGCCUGCCCAGGGGCUGCCCCAGUUCAUUUCUGUGGGGUACGUGGAUGACCAGCAAUUUGUUCAGUACGACAGUGACACCAAGGAGCGGCUGCCUAGUGUCCCCUGGAUAAGGAAGGUGGAGAAGGAGGAUCCUCAUUACUGGCACAGGAACACUCAGACACUUCAGGGCACUGAGCUGGUGUUCAGGGAGAACCUGGAAAUUGCAAGGAAUCGCUACAACCAGAGCGGAGGGAUCCACACCCUUCAGUGGAUGUACGGCUGUGAGCUGAGGUCAGACGGGCGCAAAGGAGGGCAUUACCAGUACAGCUACGACGGGAGGGACUUCAUCGCCUUUGACAAGGAGACCCUCACCUGGACGGCAGCUGAUACAGGGGCCCAAGCGAGCAAGAGGAAGUGGGAUCCUGACUUGGCCUGGAACCAGUACAAGAAGCACUACCUGGAGGAGGAAUGCAUUGAGUGGCUGCAGAGAUACCUGGAGUACGGGAAGGAGACUCUGCUGAGGACAGAGGCUCCGGUGGUGAAGGUGACCAGGAAGGCAGACUAUGACGGCCUGGAGACCCUCGUUUGCCAAGUCCACGGCUUCUACCCCAAGGAGAUUGAUGCCAACUGGGUGAAGGACGGGGAGGUCUGGCAGGAGGGCACCCUCCGAGGAUUGGUCGCCCCCAACUCGGACGGGACCUACUAUCUCUUGCUCAGUGUCCAGAUCGACCCCGAGGAGAGGGAGCGCUUCCGGUGCCGCGUGGAGCAUGACAGCCUGAAGAAGCCUCUGGAUGUGGCCUGGGAGAAGGAGCCUGUCAGCCUGGGGCUCAUUGUGGGAGCCAUUCUGGGUGUCAUGGCGGCCAUCCUGCUGGUCUCUGGGAUCAUCUUCUUCUUCAUCCACAGGAAACGGAGCGAGAAAUCAGCCUACAAAGCAGCCUCAACAAGCGACCAGGGGUCCGACAGCUCCACCAAGGUUUCAUAUCAGCCCAGUGUGUGAGAUGAGACCAGAAGGAGCCUGCCCAAGUUUUGCUGUGAUUUGCAGAGGCUCAGAUCCCCUCCCAUCCUUAAAUGCUGUUUAUGAUGUUUCUUAAUCCUGGCUCUCACCCUUCUAUUCUGACUUCAGCUGUAACUUGAAUUUGAGAAUAAUCAUGUUUUUCUGAUGGAUUUUGGCUGAUUGUGCUUCGCAGCUGAUUUUCAGAAAUGUGCUUGUGUUAAUCAAAAAUGUGCCAGAUAUACGCAACUAAAAGGUUUAAAAAGGGAUGAGGAGAUUGAGCAUGACUUGCAGUGAUUUUGAUGGUUUCUCUUGGUUCUUUGUUGCUGUGUUUCCCUCUACAAUCCCUUCCCCAGCAGAGAAUGAGGAGCUCCAGCGGGCAUUCAGAGCCUCCCUGUAGCAAUGGCAGUUCCUGAGGCAGUUUCCUCCAGACCCUCUUUCUGUCUCGAUACCUUCAAGGCUCCAGUUCUCCAGCCUGGUUCAUGGAGCUCCACACCUAGGACAACCAGCUGCUGAGCUCUGGGGCUCCACCCUGGGCCUCCCAUGAUGCCCUGGGGCAGUGAGUUGAGAAACAGGCUGGAGGGGGAGGAAGAAGCAGCUGAAUGGGGAAAUGGAGAAGCAGGGAACUGAGAAAGAGGAAGAGAGGCUGAGGGGAUGGGGUGAAGUGACUCUCCUACGGGAGAUGAGAGGGACUCAUCCUGCUGACAGCCAAGGAGGAAGCCAGGAAGGGGAAGAGGCAGGUGAGGAGCUGCAUGGCCACAAUUUGAUCUGAAAUAAGCAGCCCCAUAUUUUUGGCUGCAGUUCAUGAGACUUCUAGCCUGGUCCCCACAGUCUUCUAGGAGGGGUGACCCAUUGAAAGUCAGACCACAUGGACUCUUGAAAGUAAACUGGUUUUGUUGCCUUCAGUUUGGCUAAUUUUUAUCUUGCCCAUUCUUGCUUUUCCACCUGUGGCCCUUGAGGAACAUACUCUGCCCAUUCUGCGAUUCCCUCCAUCUUCCUUCCCUUCUCAUAGGCUGGCAUUCCUUAAGGAGACACUUUUCAAGAAAUAAGAAUGCAUAACUCUUUUAGGCCUCAAUGGAUUUGCUGCAUCUUGCUUUGAAGAGACUGGAUGUAAUUAUUAUUAUUACUCCUUUUGUAAUAUCUGUUUGACUGAAAUAAAUAAGAGUGCCCCCCUUU